AUGCCGUCGCGGCGCAGCCAUACCAAGUCCCGGAAAGGGUGCUUGGAAUGUAAAAGGAGACAUGUGAAGUGCGACGAGGAGCUGCCCAAGUGUACGCUUUGCAAGAAGCGCAAAUUGGAAUGCAGCUAUCCGCCUUCGCAAAGCGAUCUCGAUAGCUCUCACGGCUCUCCCUCUGCGCGGGAUGGUUCCGAGACCGGUCCGCGGACCCCAGGCGAUCUGCCCAUGCCCGCGCGCAUGCUGGAGAUGAGACUGAUGCACCACUAUCUAAUGUCUACCUACCAUACUCUUGCCCAAGAUGGACUGUCUGCACAUCAUCUGUCCAUGAGCAUUCCGCAAAUGGCCACGUCAUUUCCAUAUCUGCUUGACAGUCUGCUUGCCAUGACUGCAUUACAUCUCGCUUCGCUCGAGGCCGAAAAUCGCAUGACAUGGCUGGAUACCGCUGUGCGAUAUCAAAGUCAAGCGUGCGCAGGCCUUGGAAAGAUUCUUCCUGAAAUCUCAUUACAGCAUUAUGAGCCGGCGUUUGUGUCGUCGGUUUUCAUCAUGUUAUUUGCGAUUGGGUUUCACGCAACGUCGGCCGACAAUGGCCCUGGAGAUCCGCUGUCGCCGGUAUUGGAGGUUCGCACGUUGCUCUCUGGUGCUGCGAUGCUCUUCAAUCGAUUCAAUGAAGUGGGAUCUGACGGGGAGCUGAGUGGCUGGCUUUGCAUUCCCGAGACAGAAGAGCGUCUCAAGGCAAGCAAGCAGGAUGGUGAUGGUGUAUCCGACGAUAACACUGAAAAACUACUGAAUCUCCACAAAGAUAUAAUGGUCUCGAUCGAGAAACUGAAAAAGACAAUAGACUCAGAACAAAGAGUGCACCAGGCAGUCUACAAGACAACCUGGGAACUCCUGAACCACGCAAUCCAACCCUGGCCGAAGAUCGGCGCUCAAGGCGGGAUCAUCGCCUGGCCUCUCUUCAUCACCGACCAGCUCCUUUCACUUCUCCAGGAGGGCGACUGGCUCGCUCGCAUCCUCUUCAUGCACUGGGGAGUGGCUAUGCGCCUCUUAUAUAAUCGCUGGUAUGUGCGUGAUUGGGGCCGACAGCUGGUACUUGCGACAUUGGAACCUAUGAAGGAACCCCCGCCUAAAUGGAUAGAGGAGGUAGCGUGGAUUAAAAGGGCAGCUGAAAUAAAAGAUUAA